AUGUCGAGCAAACAAUUCAACAAGAAGCGUUCGGCGCCCGAUUCGUCGUCAGCACCUUCUUAUGGUAAAUCAAAAUUUUCAAAAUCCAACAACGGCAAAUUCACAAAACCCUCUGGAGGUAAACCCAAUGGAAAACCCGCUAGCACUUCCCAAGGACAAGGUCAACAUCAAAGAAACGCCGGUAAACCAAAGAACAGCGGCAAAGCCAGAGCAGCUCCUAGGGAGAAGGAAGAAGAUGUCAAGAGACGUAAGAAGCCUAUCACUCGUGGAGGUGGAGAAGAAGAAGUAGAAGACGAUGAUAUAAGUAUGGAUGAAGAUGACUCCAUUUCUGGAGACGAGGAGGAUGAUGAAGAUGAGGUAAUGGGUGAUGCAGCUCUUGAUAAUUCUGCCGAUCCUGAAACUCAAGUAGAAGGUGAAAAUGGGGAACCUCAAGAAGAGAAGAAGAAAAUGACAAAAGCUGAAAAAGCUGCUAUACAUGCCGCUCAACCUCAUCGAACUACUCUCUUACCUUCUCAUCCACUUUUACACGAUACUUUAUUACCGUUAUGGGAAACUGCAAGGAGAGCAGAUCUAUCUAAAGAAGAUAGAAAGAAAGCUAUAAACGAAUUAUACAGUUCUGUUAAAGGUAGAAUUAGUGAGGUCAGCAGAGGUCAUAAAGGUGGUAGAGUUUUACAGACUAUUGUUAAAUUCGGUGGUAAAGAAGAGAGAUUGGGUAUAGCGAUGGAAUUAGAACCUAGAUGGAAAGAUAUGAUGGAAUCGAAAUACUCAAAGUUCCUCAUGUCAAAGUUAAUUCGAUAUUGUCCAUCAAUCCGACCGUUAUUAAUCCCUCAACUUGCUCCUCAUUUACUCAAUUUAUUGAAUCACGCACAUGCAGUGGCACCUUUAUCGGAUUUCUAUGAUCUAUACGCAUCAUCCAAAGAACGUAAAUUACUCGUCAGAGGAUUUUACCCUAGAGAGGUCAAGAUUUUCGAUGGAGCAAAACAAGGUAUCGAAGUCAAAGGUUUGGAAGGUGCUUUAGAAGAUAUUGGUAAUGAUGGUAAAGGAAGAGAGAGAGUCUUGGAUGGUAUCGAAAAGACCGUUUUGGAUGUAUUCAACGCAACGCAAAAACAAGCUCUCGCACAGUCUGUUUUCCAUCGACUCGUACUCGAAUACGUCACAUGUAUAUUCAAGUACCUCGAUAAAGAAACUGCAGAAAAGAAGAUGCACGAGUUGUUAGCUGCAGGCGCGGAAAGCUUCCCAGAAAUUGUUCACACCAAAGAUGGUUCAGCUGUAGUUAGAGAGUUAAUUGUCAGAUGUAACGCUAAGGACCGAAAACAAAUUCUUCAACCUCUGCGAAAACACGUUGAAGCUUUGUGCAAGGACGGAGAUGCCCAGAUGGUCCUAUUCACCGCUUUCGACUGUGUUGACGAUACCAAAAUGAUGGGUAAAGCAUUUGUUGCCGACGUUAUCGCUCUCGCAUCGAAUCUAGCAUUCGACAAACAAGGUCGUCGAGUAUUACUCUAUCUCCUCACGCCCACUUCUACCAAACACUUCAUGCCUCAGACCAUCUCCUCAUUGGCCGCAUCGGCAAAAUCCGCCCGAGAAUUGGGAACGAGCAAGAAAGAUACCGAGAUCAGACGAAAAGAAUUGCUUGGAUAUGCUUCUGAGGGUUUAUUGAAAGCUGUCGAAGAGAAAGGGGAGGAGAUGGUCAGAGAUCCAGGAGCCGGUAUGGUAGUGCAAGAAGUCUUAUUACAUGCUGAAGGUGACAAAUCUGGAGCUUUGAAUACAUUGGCAUCCGCUCUUCGAGCUGCUUAUCCUGAUCCCGCACCAGUCGAACCUAAUCCCGAUACUACAACUUCCCACCCUUUAGACUUGUCACAUGCUAUCAGGACAUACAAGACAUUACUUUCAGGUGGACAUUUCAAUACUUCCACUCAAACUACCACCAUUACCGAUUCCACCUUAUCGCCCAAUUUCGCUAAGGCAGUUUGGGAAGCUAUCACAAGUGAAGAAGCCGGGGGUGAAGAAAAUGCUAUUAGAUUGUGCAAAGGAAACGCUCCUUUCGUAAUGGUGGAGCUUAUCGAAGCAUUAAAGAAAUCAGGUCAAGGUGAAAAGGUCAAAUCCGUCUUAGGGAAGAAAGGUGUUAAAGAAAGCAUAGAGAAGAGCGUAAGGAAAGGUUCAGCUAUGUUAGCUGAAAAAAUUGCCGAGUUAUGA